CCCACUCCGUGAAAUACCAGUGGCAAACGUUGUUGGUGCUUUCUGUGGCAGUGUGUUUCGGUCCAGACUCAAUAUACUACGGCGUUUCGGUCUAGUAUGAAAGGAUUUUCAUCAUUUUUCGAUGGAUUAAACAACCAUGAUUAUACAUUUGGGUCUUCAUUCACUCUUGAAGAAACUUUGUUUCAGCAGGUGAUGGAUACAGAUCAUGACGCAAAUGAAUCCCUUUCACCAACAACGAGCGAGUCCCGAUUUACACCAGAUCACAGCCUGGAUAGCAACGCAAACGCCAUCCAAAUUGACAAUACUCUGAACUCAUCGAUAAACGUAUGUACAAUAUGCUGUGAUCGUGCUACAGGCAAGCACUAUGGAGCCGCAUCGUGCGAUGGAUGCAAAGGAUUUUUCCGCCGUAGUGUCCGAAAAAGCCACACCUAUACAUGCCGGUUUUCGCGCAACUGCGUCGUGGAUAAAGACAAACGAAAUCAGUGCCGAUAUUGUAGACUAAGAAAAUGUUUCAAAGCUGGUAUGAAAAAAGAAGCUGUACAAAAUGAACGUGAUAGAAUAAGCUGUAGACGUUCCAGUUUAGAGGAAGUUGAGUCAUCAAAUGGGCUCUCGGUAAAGUUUCUGCUGAGAGCCGAAAAUUUCAGCCGCCAUUUUGGAGCUGCACUAGACGACGCAAAUGAUGGCGAUUGCGAUUUAUCUAACAAAAGAUAUGCGAGCAUAAACGAUGUCUGCGAUUCCAUGAAGCAGCAACUCCUGAUACUUGUUGAGUGGGCCAAAUCGAUUCCAGCGUUCGCUGAACUGCAGCUCGAUGAUCAAGUCGCUUUGUUAAGGGCUCAUGCAGGAGAACAUUUACUUUUGGGAUUAUCAAGAAGGUCGAUGCACUUGGAUGAAAUGCUGCUCCUUGGAAAUAAUUGCAUAAUCACAAAGCAGUGUCCUGAUUCUAAAGUGGCACCAAAUCUGGAUAUCUCAAAAAUUGGAGCCAGAAUUAUAGAUGAGCUUGUUAGUGCCAUAAAAGACUUGAAGUUGGAUGACUCAGAGCUGGCGUGUAUCAAAGCAUUGGUAUUUUUCGAUCCGAGUGUAAAAGGUCUUAACCAACCUCAGCAAAUAAAGGCAUUGAGGCAUCAAGUUCUGAAUAAUCUGGAGGAUUAUGUUUCAGAUAAACAAUAUGAUUUAAGGGGCCGUUUUGGAGAAAUUCUACUAUUGUUGCCAGUACUUCAAUCAAUUACUUGGCAAAUGAUACAACAAAUCGAACUAGCAAAAAUGUUUGGAGUGGCGCACAUUGACAGUCUGCUCCAAGAAAUGCUGCUAGGAGGUGAAUCAGUGGACAAUACAACUUCCUCAACUCCUCCGUUGAGUACAUUUCCGAAUAGCAGUAACAGUCCAACCCACAUGAUACCCUGCAGCGGUGCUCAAAAUACAAAUUCUAUGGACCAGUCCAACGAUGCGCCGAUACCAACGUCGACGUGCAAUUCUAUUGAGCCAGAGUCGAUGGAUGAUAGUUGUAAAAUUAUACAACCAACUAUAAUAGAAGAUAUCAGCUACAGCAAUAUACCUUUGACUCCCAAUAAUUAUCAACGAGGCGAAAAUAUAUCCAACUUUAUGCACCAGUCGAGCGGAGAAGUUUACAGCAACCCGUAUAUGACAUCUACUUCUUCUGAUGUAAAUGCUCUACAUGCUUCAAUGGAGCGUCAUAUGCAUACAAAUGUUUUAUUACCUUGCAAUAAUCUUAGUCGAGAAGAAUACUUUAAAUUAGAGUUGAAACGAGAACCAGAUACAAAUGGCUAUUAA